AUUUGACCCACGUCUCUCGGCAACUAUCGACGCCCCAUAUUGACCUUGACGUAUUGAGUACAAGAUAAAAACAGCAGUAUUCGUCCAGAAUUCAUGAUGCAGAUACUUCGAUAUCGAAUAUUUACUCGCUUUAUCAGAUCCAUUCAGACAGUUUUAUAAUAUGAGUACCUAUGCUCUGAUCGGCUUGGCGGCGGCAGCUUCAGCAGCUGUCCUGGAGCUACCAGUCGUAAUCCAAAAUACAUACGUACGUCACUCCUAGCAUCUGAUAAUAAGUUGAUGGGAACUAACCCCGGACCUACCUUUAGGCCUCUGUGGUGUUUGACAUUGGCACUCCGGCAAAACCAUACAGACUGUCGUUUGAUACCGGAUCCUCAACUUCAUGGCUUACAGGGCGCAAUUGUACCGACAGUACAUGUCCUAACCGCAGCGGUUUUGUCCGCACUCCAUACAAUGAUGCAGACUCAUCUUCUUCGUUCGCUUUAGACUCCUCUGGCAACGUUGGGUAUAUUGACGGGAAUGGUGUUAAUGGGCUUGUAUUCCAAGAUGUGUUCUCCGAUGAGAAUGGAACAAUAGCUUGGAAGCAAACUUUCCUCGCCGCAGUAGAUGUAACGGACGAGGCUUUUCUGGCCGCCGACGGCCUUCUCGGCUUAGCCUUUUCAUCCAUUGGGGUGGAGAAUACAACGACUUUAGUCGAAACACUCAUUUGGGACGAUAAAUUGGAUGAUCCUCGAUUUGCCGUCUUCUACGGCACAAAUUUGAACGAUACCGGUGCUCAAGACGGUGUUCUCACUAUCGGAGGUAGUCAUGAGGAUACAUAUGUUGACGGAGAAGUAACCUACGUGCCUCUGCGCCUUGAAGAUCCAUAUGAAGUCUGGCGCGCUCCUCUCCGCUCCAUCAACGUAUUAUUCGCUCAAGACGGCGCCAUCGUCAGCACACACAAUGGAAAAGCACCCACCACCAACGCUACAGCAGGCACAUGGCCCAAAGCCAACACCACAUGGCCAUUAUACGGCACGGGAUUUGCAGUCUUCGACACCGGCGCGGGAAUGAUCUCGCUCCCCAGUCAACUCCUCGAACCCGUAUACUUUAAUCUCGGGUGGAAUCUCUCAAAACUGUACAGUGGCGAGGAGCAGUUCGGAUGCGAAGAUUUCAAUUCGACGUGGGCGCUCUCGUUUACGUUUGGGGAGGACGAGGACGAGAGUAAUGAUGUGACUUUUUCGAUUAGAGGUGAUGAGAUCUGGGCGCCCUUGGAACAGUGCAUGCCUCCUUUCGGAGACAGUGGCAGUGAUGAUUUCGCGCUGGUUGGAGCUUCGUUCUUGAGGAGAUUUUAUUCGAUUUUUGAGUUUGGGGGUAAAUCGGUCGAGACUUAUAAGCCUAGGGUUGGUUUUGGAAAACUCAAGGAAGAGUAUGAUUAUUUGAAUUAUUAGUAUGACUAGUGCUAGAUCAUAGGAUCAAGCUUAAGAUUAUUUAUUUUAACAAGAUUUAUAUAUUGUGAGAAAGUUGGAAUUAUAGACCAAAUACAUAGAGGUUUUUAACUAAUCAAUCACAUAAC